CCGCUUCUUCUUUCUUCUUCACUUCCUUGAAGUGUGGUCUUUCGUUGUGUGGAUGCAACUGUUCGCAGUCCGUUUUGCAUCACAGCGGGAAUCAUGGUGCGCAUGAAUGUUCUGAGUGACGCUCUCAAGUCAAUCAACAAUGCAGAGAAGCGAGGCAAACGUCAGGUCCUCAUCAGGCCCUGCUCAAAAGUCAUUGUCAAAUUUCUGACAGUAAUGAUGAAGCAUGGGUACAUUGGUGAGUUUGAGAUUGUGGAUGACCACAGAUCAGGGAAGAUUGUGGUUCAUCUGACGGGCAGACUCAACAAAUGCGGUGUCAUCUCCCCCAGGUUCGACGUGCCCAUCAGACACAUCGAGAAGUGGACCAACAAUCUCCUCCCUUCCAGACAGUUUGGAUAUGUUGUGCUCACAACCAGUGGAGGAAUCAUGGACCACGAAGAAGCCAGGCGGAAACACCUCGGAGGGAAAAUCCUGGGAUUUUUCUUCUAACAUAGUUGUACAACAUGGUUCUUAAAAAAAUGUUAAAGCUAUAAAAUCA